UGCCAUUUGUCGGGCCUGAUUCAGGACAGUGACAGUUCCUUCUUUGCUAUGAUAUUUUUAUCUUUAACUGUUGUUGGUUCUUAAAAUGAUACUGUCACCAAAUGUUUCUAUUUCAUUGUCUGGUUCGACUUAGAUGUGUGUGGAUAUACACACAGUUCCGGCAAUAGCUUUGCAGGUGCACAGGUCCUUUUCUUGUUUUGUUUUUGUUUGGGAGGAAGAGGGAGUGCAAGCCAAUCUUUAUGUUUUUACAAGUGUAUACUUAGUGAAGACUGUACUUAUAGAACUUCUAAUACCUUCUUGUAAAAGGAGAGAACUUCAUAAUCUCAGCUAUGAAGGAAAACAGUCACACAGGGCAUGGAGCUGGAGAAAUAUGACCAGCCCGUGGUUCUGAGAGAGGACAACUGCCGCCGGCGCCGGAGGAUGAAGCCACGCAGUUCGACGGCGGGCCUGUCCUCCAUGGAGCUCAUCCCCAUCGAGUUUGUGCUGCCCACUAGCCAGCGCAACAGCAAGACCCCGGAGACGGCACUGCUGUAUGUGGCCGGCCAUGGCAACGUGGAGCAGAUGAAGGCUCAGGUGUGGCUGCGUGCACUGGAGACCAGCGUGGCGGCCGACUUCUACCAUCGCUUCGGCCCGGACCACUUCCUCCUGCUCUACCAGAAGAAGGGACAGUGGUACGAGAUAUAUGACAAGUACCAGGUGGUGCAGACGCUGGACUGCCUGAGCUACUGGAAGCUGCUGCACCGGAGUCAGGGCCAGAUCCAUGUGGUGCAGCGACAUGCACCCUCUGAGGAGACCUUGGCCUUCCAGAGGCAGCUCACAGCCCUGAUAGGCUACGAUGUCACUGAUGUCAGCAACGUGCAUGACGACGAGCUCGAGUUCACGCGCCGCCGCCUGGUCACCCCACGCAUGGCCGAGGUGGCCGGCCGCGACCCCAAACUCUAUGCCAUGCACCCCUGGGUGACAUCCAAGCCCCUCCCCGCUUACCUAUCCAAGAAGAUCUCCAACAAUUGCAUCUUCAUCAUCAUUCACCGCAGCACCACCAGCCAGACCAUCAAGGUGGGACCUGAUGACACCCCAACCACCAUCCUCCAGAGCUUCUUCACCAAGAUGGCCAAGAAGAAGUCACUGAUGGAUAUCCCUGAAAGUCUAAAUGAGCUAGACUUUGUGCUGCGUGUCUGUGGCCGGGAUGAGUACCUGGUGGGCGAAACACCCAUCAAGAACUUCCAGUGGGUCAGGCAUUGUCUCAAGAAUGGGGAAGAAAUUCACUUGGUGCUUGACACUCCUCCCGAUCCGGCCCUGGACGAGGUGAGGAAAGAAGAGUGGCCACUGGUUGAUGAUUGCACGGGUGUCACUGGCUACCACGAGCAGCUGACCAUCCAUGGAAAGGACCAUGACAGCGUAUUUACUGUGUCAUUGUGGGACUGUGAUCGCAAGUUCAGGGUCAAAAUCAGAGGCAUUGAUAUCCCUGUCCUGCCCCGGAAUGCUGAUCUCACGGUUUUUGUGGAGGCAAAUAUUCAACACGGACAGCAGGUUCUUUGCCAAAAAAGAACCAGCUCCAAACCCUUCACGGAGGAGGUGCUCUGGAAUGUAUGGCUUGAGUUUAAUAUCAAAAUCAAGGACUUACCCAAAGGGGCUCUACUGAACCUCCAGAUCUACUGUGGCAAGGCUCCCCCACUGUCUGGCAAGGCAGAGACUCCCAACUCUGAGUCCAAAGGCAAAGCCCAGCUGCUCUAUUAUGUGAACCUGCUGCUGAUCGACCACCGGUUCCUGCUGCGCCAUGGGGAGUACGUGCUCCACAUGUGGCAGAUCUCUGGGAAGGCAGAAGACCAGGGUAGCUUCAAUGCUGACAAGCUGACAUCUGCAACCAACCCAGACAAAGAUAACUCAAUGUCCAUCUCUAUUCUUCUGGACAAUUACUGUCACCCGAUAGCCUUGCCUAAGCAUCGGCCCACCACAGACCCUGAGGGGGACCGUGUUCGAGCAGAAAUGCCCAACCAGCUUCGGAAGCAACUGGAGGCCAUCAUAGCCACAGAUCCACUCAACCCUCUCACAGCAGAGGACAAAGAAUUGCUUUGGCAUUUCAGAUAUGAAAGUCUGAAACAUCCCAAAGCCUAUCCUAAGCUAUUUAGUUCAGUGAAAUGGGGACAGCAAGAAAUCGUGGCCAAAACAUACCAAUUGUUAGCCAGAAGGGAGGUCUGGGAUCAAAGUGCUUUGGAUGUUGGGUUAACAAUGCAACUCCUGGACUGCAACUUUUCAGAUGAAAAUGUAAGAGCCAUUGCAGUUCAGAAGCUGGAAAGUUUAGAGGAUGAUGAUGUUCUGCAUUACCUGCUACAACUGGUCCAGGCUGUGAAAUUUGAACCAUACCAUGACAGUGCCCUUGCCAGAUUUUUGCUGAAGCGUGGUUUAAGAAACAAGAGAAUUGGUCACUUCUUGUUUUGGUUCUUGAGAAGUGAGAUAGCCCAAUCCAGGCACUAUCAGCAGAGGUUCUCAGUGAUCCUGGAAGCCUAUUUGAGGGGCUGUGGCACAGCCAUGCUGCAAGAUUUUACUCAACAAGUUCAAGUAAUCGAGAUGUUGCAAAAGGUCACCAUUGAUAUUAAGUCUCUCUCUGCUGAAAAAUAUGACGUCAGUUCCCAAGUUAUUUCUCAACUGAAGCAAAAGCUUGAAAACUUACAAACUUCAAAUAUUCCACAAAGUUUUAGAGUUCCGUAUGAUCCUGGACUGAAAGCAGGAGGGCUGGUGAUUGAAAAAUGCAAAGUGAUGGCCUCCAAGAAAAAGCCCCUGUGGCUUGAGUUUAAAUGUGCUGACCCUACAGCCCUAUCAAAUGAAACCAUUGGAAUCAUCUUUAAACAUGGUGAUGAUCUGCGCCAAGACAUGCUUAUUUUACAGAUUCUACGAAUCAUGGAGACUAUUUGGGAGACUGAAUCUUUGGAUCUGUGCCUCUUGCCAUAUGGCUGCAUUUCAACUGGUGACAAAAUAGGAAUGAUUGAAAUAGUAAAAGAUGCCACAACAAUUGCCAAAAUUCAGCAAAGCACAGUGGGCAACACAGGAGCAUUUAAAGAUGAAGUCCUGAAUCACUGGCUCAAGGAGAAAUGCCCUAUUGAUGAAAAGUUUCAGGCAGCAGUGGAGAGAUUUGUUUAUUCCUGUGCUGGCUACUGUGUGGCAACCUUUGUUCUUGGCAUAGGCGAUAGGCACAAUGACAACAUUAUGAUCACAGAGACAGGAAAUCUGUUUCAUAUUGACUUUGGGCACAUUCUUGGGAAUUACAAGAGUUUCCUGGGCAUUAAUAAAGAGAGAGUGCCUUUUGUGCUAACCCCAGAUUUCCUAUUUGUGAUGGGGACUUCUGGAAAGAAAACAAGCCUACACUUCCAGAAAUUUCAGGAUGUCUGCGUAAAGGCUUAUCUAGCCCUCCGUCAUCACACAAACCUGCUGAUUAUCCUGUUCUCCAUGAUGCUGAUGACAGGAAUGCCCCAGUUAACAAGCAAAGAAGAUAUUGAAUAUAUUCGCGAUGCACUAACAGUGGGGAAGAAUGAGGAGGAUGCAAAAAAGUAUUUUCUUGAUCAGAUUGAAGUUUGCAGAGACAAAGGAUGGACAGUGCAGUUUAACUGGUUUCUCCAUCUUGUGCUUGGUAUCAAACAAGGAGAGAAACAUUCAGCUUAGUGCUUUGAGCUAUAGAAUCAAAAACACUUUUGUCUUGUACAGCUUUAAAUCAGUCUGUCAAUUAUCGAACUUGGAUUUAAAAUUUAAUAGGAUAUUAAAAGCUGAAAGUUGACUCUUAAGUAGUGUCAGCUUUUUCUGGAUGAAUUCUUCGCUGGAGAGAAAUAUUAGCAAGGCUAUUUUGGUUUUUUGUUUGUUUGUUUUGUUUUGUUUUUUUGGAGCGAUGAUGCUCAGGUCUGGCUUUUGGUGGUGUGGUAGACCGAACCUGGGAUUUUGGAGCCUCAGGCAUGAAAGUCUUUUUGCAAAACCAUUAUGCUAUCUCUCUGCAGAUAUGGAUUAUCGUUGAAGGAAUGUUCACUUUUAGUCUUUUUUUGCAGAUUUAUUUGUUCUCAUUUAUCUCAGUGAUGUUGAAGAACACUCUAAGUUUAAAUGGACCAGUAACUUCCUCAUUGUGCUUGAUGAUUUGACAAUCUUAUUCUUGAGUGUUGCUGGAAAUUCUCUAAACUAAUGAGUGGCACCUAUUUUCAUCUAGAUUUAACUCUCAGUUUUGGUUAUACUUGUGCUUUUCAAACUCAUUAUAGAAAAGAUGUAAUCAUUGUACAUUUUUUUCAUUCCUUAAAUAAUGCUUCCAAACCCUUCCCCCCAGAAUCUGAAAUAUUAGUGCUAUGCUAAAAACAAGCAAGCUGGUCUUUUCUGUGUCAUGUCUAAUUAGGUUCUUUUAUAGUGUACAGCUGAGAUGCACAUACACAAAAUGGAAAAUCUGAAACUGCGUGGUCCUUCUCUGCUGGUCUAGUUCCAGGAUUAUGAUCAGGAAAAACUGAGAUGAGACCAUUUACCUCAACUCAACUCUGCCCACAGAGUGAAUUAUCAAGUACAAUUAUAGCUUUCUCUGUACUGAAACAAGAAAUAACUAAAGAGACUUGUUUGUUUGUCUGUUUGUUUCCUUUGCAUUUCCCUUCCUCCCUUUUUUUCCCUGCUCCCCUUGUUCCUUAGUUACCACCCUCCAGCAAACAAUUCAUUACCCAGAGUUGGGAAAUCUUCAAGAAUACCUUUUUCCUAGAACUUAAAAUACAGUCAAAAGAGGAUUUCUCCUCUGGGGUUACUAGAAUUUAAGGGGCGAUUUAUUUAUAAAAUGUUUUAAAGUAUAUUAUUAAAGCAGGUACUCUAUAAAAUAUGAAAUAGAUUCCAAAUGCCCUAAUAUUUAACUUGGGUGCAGUAACUUUUUGUUUUGUUUUGUUGUCACAGAGCUUAUUGCUGGGACUUGGUACCUGCAUGACUUUACUUCUCUUUCCUUCCUUCCUUCCUAAGUGUUCUCUAAGUGUUCCUUCCUCCCUUCCUUCCUUUCUUGAUAUAGGUGAGAGAAGGAAGGAGAAAAGAAAGGAGAGAAGGAAGGAGGGAAAGAGACACCACAGCACUGUGCUAUCAUUUGUGAAGCUUCUCCCAUGCAGGUGCUUCCAUGUGGUGGCCAGGUGCUCAUGGUAAAGCGUGUGCUCUGCUGAGCUUGUCUCCCAUUCUCUUUUUCAUUUUCUUUUUUUUAAUGGGUUAAAGUUUAUGUGACAUCUAAAAAGUACUCCAAGUUAGAAAGAACACUAUUUGUGCUUUCUGUCUCCCUGCUUGAUUUUCACACAUUCUUCAGAUUUCCUAAAAAUAAUUUUAAUGCUUUCUUUAAAAACUAAUAUCUUGGAGUUGGGAAAGAGCAUAAUGGUUAUACAAAAGGCUUUAGGGACCGAGGCUCUGAGGGCCUAGGUUCAAUCCCCUGUACCUUCUCUCUCUAUCUCUCUUUCAUUAUAACAAUAAAUAAAAUAUUUUUCAAAACUAAUCUCUUAAAUAUUUUGCUAUUUAUUGGAAGUGUUCUCUAAUCUUAGCAAAAAACUUUAAAUUACUUAUAAAACAUUUUAAAUUACCUACUGUUAAUAUGUUACACAGAAAUAACUGUUUAUGGCAUCUAUAGUAAGGUAACAUAUAAAUGUAAAUUUAAUUUUUACAUCUUGUAAGUAGAUACCUAUUUGACUUCAGUGUAACCCAAACCUUUCUUUUCAUACAUGAAAAAGUUCAAAGCUGUAAGUAAGAAUCAUCAGGGAUGCACUCACUAAAUAGCCCCCUUGUCUAGCUUCCAGUUUCAAGUUAUAAUUUAGUUUAAAAUGAGACACAGACGUCAGUAUUUUUUAAAUACUCUAGAUGAUGCUAAUAUGCCAGUGUGCAACCAGUAUUAGAAUACCUUGCUUGGUUCUUCAUACUGUAGGUGACACUGCCUUCUUGCUCACUGAGCCUUUUUCUGGCUCAAAGGGUAUCUAGAAAGAGCCCUCUUCUCUAACAAUUCAGCCUUUCAAAAUCAUGACCUAACCCCCAUACUAAAGGCCAUCCCUUGAAAUAAAACGUUUACUUUUCUGUGUUAAUGAAAGAUAGAUGGUUUAUGGUUUAUGGUCCGGAAGAUGGCACAGUGGAUAAAGCAUUAGAUUCUCAAGCAUGAGGUCCCGAGUUCAAUCCCUGGCAGCACAUAUACCAGAGUGAUGUCUGGCUCUUUCUCCUUCUAUCUUUCUCAUUAACAAAUAAAUAAAUAAAUUAUUUU